AUGACAUGCUCGUGCUGCCAUCACGCCCUCCUGCGCUCCCUGGAAGAUGCCGCGGCACUGGGCUUCGAUGGCACUGUACAGUCAAUACAUGUGCAUAUGCGCAUAUGCGAUAUGUUCAGUGGCUGCGCUCUAAAAGAGCUUUUGAGGAUCCCUGGUGGCCAUGUAUUGAAGCGUGGUAGGCAUUUGGAGGUUGAAGAGGAGCUUGCGUGGCCGAAGCGGCGGCAGGUGGAGAAUAGCAGCGGUGAGGCGUUUUGUGAGCAGCUUAAUCGGCUCCUUCCCAGUGUCAAAUCGGCGUCUGUGGAUAUGACGCGGUGCGGCAAGUCCUUGCCAGGGGAAAUGCAGUUGGCAAGUCUAUUCAACUGGAUGUUGAAGGGUGUCUAUAAUUUGCACAUGGGGCUGUGUCCGCGCAGCGAAUUGCUAGCAGCCACUGGAGAUCUGCAACUCACCAGUGUGAGUUUUAGUUGCGCAGAUAGUACGCCGGCACCCGGUGAGCUGAUCCGCUGCCAGUCCCUGACACUCGAGUGCAUUCGCCUAGAGGCAACGAGAACCUGUGCAUUUUCUGCCAUGGUCUACGAUGAAUCGGGCGAUCCAGUCACAUACCCUCGUGUCCAUACAUUGACCAUUGGCGCAAAACUGCACGCUAUCAACGAUGUUGUCGGCACUAGUGCAUAUGCAAACAUUGCAGUGCUUCCCGUUCUCGAGCAGCUCAAUCGCAGACGCCUAUCCUUUUCCACAGCUGCGGUUUUCCAUGACACACAGAGGACAUUGCGCAAACUGUCGAUAUCGGUGCAGCUGUUUAUGCAUCAUAGUUUUUUGCACGACGAGAUCCUUAAAUGCGGCCCAUUUGUGUGUCUGGAGAAGGUCGAGAUCCAGAGCGGUCGGUUUCUCUCCGAUGACUUUAUUGACAGGAUCUUGCAGACAUAG